AUGAUUCUAAUGUUCCGAGGCGGCAAGACCGCGCCAAAGUUUUGCCUGCUAUCGCAAGACUAUAAGAAGGAUGGGGACCAAUAUAUCUGCAGCCACUGUGAUAAGAGCUACCGCAAGAUAUGCUCGCUAAGGUUCCACGUGAAGAGCAAACACUACAAAAUUCCGCAGUUUUUAUGCGAGCUCUGCGAGAAGGGAUUUAUGAACCUCGCACCUCUCACCGUCCAUAAACUGGAGGCGCACAAUGUAGACGAGCGCUUCAAAUGCAACGCGUGCAAUGGGACGUUCAACACGGAAAUCCAACUGCAGAAACACAUAAAUAAUUUCCACAUGCUCGGCCGGAAGUACAGGUGUAAGUUUUGUGAGUAUGAAUCAUUCAGCCUCCAAGGUAUGUACAAACACAAAUACAAGCACAAGACCGUGAAGGAUUACCAUUGCCGCUUCUGCAGAAAGUCUUUUUUGAGGAAGGCGACCCUGAACCUGCACGAGAGGAUUCACACGGGUGACAGGAGGAAGGUCUGCAAAGAGUGCGGUCAGGCUUUCGUUCAAAAAGCCAGUUUGAACUAUCACAUGACUAAACACCAUCCCGAAGUGAACUUUUAA